AUGGCAAGAGUUCUUCAUCCUUCACCUGAGAUUUCUGAUAAGACUCCAUCAGCAGCAUAUCCUUCUCAAAUGGAGAAAGGGGACCUCUCUCCUAAGGAAGAAGGAAAGUUCUCUCCAACGAUAAGAAGAAAAUUUGUUGAUGAAGAAGAAGAAAUUGAAACUCCUCCAACAAUUAUUCAAAAGGUUGUGGCGGAGUUUAUUGGCACAUUCAUACUUCUCCUUAUAGGGUGUGGAUCAGGGUUCAUAGACCAGAAGUACAAUAUAACAAUUGUUGGUGUAGCCUUUGCUUGGGGAAUUGUUAUCAUGGCCAUGGUUUACACUUUAGGACAUAUAUCGGGGGCUCAUUUCAAUCCAGCAGUUACUAUUGCCUUUGCCAUCGUUGGUCGAUUUCCAUGGAAACAGGUUAUUUUCUAUGUGGUGGCUCAAGUUAUAGGUGCAAUCCUUGCAUGUUUGAUCCUUAGAGGGCUUUUCAAUGGAGAUCAAGCGAAAGUGAUGUUGACUCUUCCCGCAGCUAACACUAACGAUCUCACUGUCAUAGCUUGGGAGACCGUAGCCUCAUUCAUUCUCAUGUGGGUCAUUUGUGGUGCUGCCUCGGAUCAUAGAGCAAUCAAGGAGCUCUCAGGAGCGGCGGUUGGAGCAGCCAUCUUUCUUGACGUUCUUAUCGCGGGUAAAAUAACUGGUGCAUCGAUGAAUCCUGCGAGGAGCAUAGGACCAGCCGCUGCAACAAACAACUUCCACAAGAUAUGGAUCUAUUUAAUAGCCCCUUUUAUUGGUACUGUUGCUGCUGCUUCACUGUAUAAUCUCCUUCGCUUACCUAGUGAGCUUCGGAUGAGUACAAUGAAGAAUGUGACUAGCAAAACAAAGGCCAAUCUCAACCCUGCUUACGAUUCAGGUUAA